AUGGUAGAGGCCGCCAUUCUGGAAGACGUGGUGGACAAGAUUAAGGGAAAUCGGUUUGCUGAUGAAAAGAUGAGCCGAAUUCGAGAUAUGGUAUUGCGAGGAGAGACUAAAGAGACAGUAAUUGAUGAAGAAGGCGUCUUGAGGAUUAAAGGAAGGGCUCCAGCCACUCUUCAGCAGCGCCGCCGUUCACCAGAGAGGCAGCAGCGCCGCCGUCCACCAGGAAAACAGCAGCACCGCCGUCCACCAGGAAGCAGCAGCGCGCCGUCCACCAGGGAAGCAGCAGCAGCCGCCAGCCGCCGUCCACCAGCAGCAGCCGCUAGCCGCGACAGCAAUCAGCAGAUAGCUGAACAAACAGAAUUAAAUAUGGGUGUAGCUGAUCACAGUCGAAUAAGUAUGGCUGAUUCUACGGAUAAUACACCUAGUAAUAGCAAUGAUCUGUCGAUUGGCACAGAAAUAACAAAAACAAAAGAAAAGAAAUGGAUCCUAGAUCUCUUGUUUGGCAACACUUUGAAAAAGGUUUUUGAAAAUGGUGUAUUAGUUAAAGCAAAGUGCUUACAUUGUAAACAAUAUUAUGCUGCCAAUACAACAAGAAAUGGAACAAGUGGACUAAAACAACAUUUGACUUAUCGGUGUAAAGUGCAUAAACCUCCGACUGUUGCACCCGCUAUUCAAAAAUUAUUAAAUAUUCAAAAUAACAAUUUAGAGACUUGGAAAUUUGAGCAAGAGGUAUGUAGGAGAGCUUUAGUUGAGAUGAUUAUUUUGGAUGAACUACCUUUUAGUUUUGUUGAAAAAGAAGGCUUUAAGAAGUUUAUGAGUAAAGUCCAGCCUUUGUUUCAUAUUCCUUCUCGUAGAACCAUAACAACGGAUUGUUAUGAAGUUUAUGGUGAAUUGAGAAUAAAUUUGAAACAAUCUUUAAGAGAAAUACAACCAAGAAUUUGUCUCACAACAGACACAUGGACUUCAGUGCAAAGAAUCAAUUAUAUCUGUUUGACUGCUCACUUUAUUAAUAGAGAUUGGGUGCUUCAUAAAAGAAUAUUAAAUUUUUGUCGUAUCACUAGUCGUAAAGGUGAGCAUUUGGCUGAGUCUAUUAGUAACUGUUUACUUGAUUGGAAGUUGGAUAACGUUUAUACUGUUACGGUUGAUAAUGCCUCUUCAAAUGAUGUGGCAGUUUUAGAGUUGUCCAAAAAAUUAGAUAUGUGGGGAACUAAUUUGAUGGAAGGUAAGCAUCUCCAUGUGAGAUGUAUGGCUCACAUACUUAAUCUAAUUGUGCAAGAUGGUUUGAAAGAAAUUGGUCCUUCUAUCAAAAGGGUGAGACAAAUGGUGAAAUAUGUUAGAUCAUCUUCUUCAAGGACAAGAAAUUUCUUGAAAUGUGUUGAAAUGCAAAAGAUAGAAUGUGAUAAGAUGUUGUCUUUAGAUGUGCCUACUAGGUGGAAUUCCACCUAUUUGAUGUUAGACACAGCAGAAAAGUUUGAGAAGGCUUUUGAGAGGUUUGAUCUUUAUGAUGGUAAUUUUAAUUCUUUUCUUGCUACUGAUGUUUGUGAAGAUGGAAGUAUCGCAGGGUCAAUUCAAUAUGAAGAUUGGGCUAAUGUGAGGAAUGUCACAAAGUUUCUUGAAAAAUUUUAUGAACUCACUUUGAAAGUUUCAGGUUCACGGUAUGUUACUUGUAAUGUUCAUUUUGAAGAUAUAUGUGAACUUGAUGCUUAUUUGAAAUUAUGUGUAGCAAGUGAUGACCUUGAUUUGAGUAAAAUGGCUUCGGGAAUGAAAGAAAAAUUCAAGAAAUAUUGGGGGACUCCUGAAAAAAUGAACAAAAUGAUUUUUAUUGCUUCUGUUUUGGAUCCUCGCAAUAAAUUUGUCUAUGUUAGUUUUGCUCUUGAAGAAUUACUUGGGGAAGAAACGGGAAAUGUAGUGAAUACGAAAGUAGAGGCUUACUUGAGGGAUUUGUUUGCGAUAUAUGUAAGUAAGUAUGGAAAAGGUUCCAAAAGUCAACCAUCUUCAUCUGACUCAUCUGAUUCUUCUGGUAGUGGUAUUUCUCAAAAUAUGUCCAAAAAUUCUUUGAGAACUAAGUUGCACAUGAAGAAACAAAAGAAUGAUUCUGGAAGUUUAGGUGUUAAAUCUGAGUUGGAUAAAUAUCUUCUUGAAGACCAAGAACCUGAAUCUGAAGAUUUUGAUAUUUUGAGUUGGUGGAAAGUUAAUUCUCCUAGAUUUCCAGUACUUUCACAGUUGGCUCGAGAUGUAUUGGCUAUUCCUAUGUCGAGUGUGGCAUCGGAAUGUGCAUUUAGCACCGGUGGUCGAAUUCUAGAUCCCUUUAGAAGUUCAUUGACUCCCAAAUGUGUGCAAUGUCUUAUUUGUGUCCAAGAUUGGCUUAGACAAGAAACCAAGCCUAUUUGUGUUGAAGAAAGUUUGGAGUUUCUUGAAAAAAUUGAACUUGAGAUGACAAAUAGUGGAAGAAACUCUUCCAUUGUUGAUCUAUGA